GAGCGAGAAUGUGCUACUUAAGGGCGAGACACUGGUGACGUCACGGCAGCCGAGUCACGCUAUUGGUUCAGGUGCGUGACUCGUGAGAAGGUCUGAAAGUAGCGGCUCGUGAUUGGCCGGCAUUUCGCACCAUCGCCAGAGAGAGAGAGACAAACGGACAAGUGGGUUACGAGAUGGGUUCUCCCGUUUCCAGUGACUCGUUCUGACUGCCACCGCGCAACCUCACGCUCAGAUCCUAUAAAAGCGUACAGCGUCGACACUCCGCUCAGUGUGUCAAGUCCCUGCCGCUGCUGCUCCUCCUCUGCAACAUGGCCUCCUCCGCCGCCGCCAUCGCCAGCUACGCCGCCCUUUUGCUUGUGGUGUUGAUUCCGCUGCUAGCCACGCCCGCCGAGGCCCAAAGUUACGAGUAUCAGUCCUCUUACGACCAUGACUGGGAUCCUGCUUAUCAGAGGCAGCAGCAGUGGGGCCGGCCACGGGCUCAGAGACGCACCUUGUGGCAAACAGCUCGGUCCCUCAUGCCGCGCUUCGCUGAUGUGGCCUAUGAGACAGCGAGCUCCUUCUCCCUCCCCGCUAUCGCCCUCAUCACCCUCUUUGUGCUUUGGCCUGAACACAAACACUACAGGACCAAGAGAGACACCGGCGAUUCCGAGGACGAGAGCACAGACCAACUGGCACAGCACUUAGGGAGGAUCUUCGCUGCAGCUGUGGAGGGGGAUGAGUGCAUGCAGCGAGUGGCGUGUGAGAUCGGUGCUGUGACCUCCUCCUCUCUUCAUCCGAGCCACAAGAAGCUGGUGACGAGACUGGUAACCUCCCUCGCCCCCGCCAAGUACACCACGCUGCUCAAGACCUUCAAAACGGGAGCCACGACCGCGCGCUGUGACAAACACGCCUGCGCCUUGCUGCACCUCCAACAGUGAGCACGCGGGAAGCUACUGACGUCACGGCGUACCUCUGGGCGGCGCAAUAAUGCCUUCAAAUUAACCAAGACAUUUGUAGAGGAGUUACUCACGUCUGAAGAACACUAAGGCUUGAUUUUGAGUUGAAUUUCCCUCCUAUCUCGUCUUCAGGAGCUUGUACAAUAUUUUAGGUGUUUUAAAGAGACGUGAAGUAAGGCAAAUCCAAAGUGCUGAUGCUAUUGUACUACUAAUAAGCCUCAUUACAUAUCUCGGAUUCUCUUCUAAUCCUGCAGCAUCUGUCUUGUUUCUCUUGGUGCUGUGAUUUCGUUGUUGAAUCGAUUUAUUUCUCUCUACCUGAGUUAGUAAUGCCAGAGUGCAGGUUACUAGAAGUGUUUUGUUCAGUGUGCUUAGAAUUGACUUCGUUGUUACAUCAAUUUAAUUUAUGGAGUAGUUUGCUAGGGAGCGUUGUUAAAUGUCCUUAUCUAUUAGUAUCAGUUCACCACACAAUGUAAGUCAGUAAAGCAUUACUUGAUAUGCAUUGCUAGAUCGACUUAUUGCUCUCUGUACGUAAGUUUUUUUUUUUUUUUUUUGUUAGUAGAUGUAGUUUGUCAAGGAGUGCUGUUAAAUCUGCUUAUCGGUUAGUAUUUGUUCACCAACCAGUGUACAUUAGCAGAGCAUUACUUGACUUCCUUAGAUCGGCUUGUUUGUCGGUGUAGAUCAGCACCGCAUAGCAAAUACAUAGUUAGUUUGUUUAUGACAUUGCUGUUAGAUUACACUUCCAAAUCAUAUCUAGAGUUAAACAUCACAAGACCUGUAACAAAGACAGCGUUUGAUGAGACUUCCACUUGAAAAUAAUCAAUGAAAACUGAAAUUCAUCACGAUCAAAUCAAGUUAUUGAACCCAAGAGCGAGGCAGAAACAGCCUUGUCUUAGUGGGUCAGUGGUGACAUUCCUGCUAUGACGUGUUAGAAUCCCUUAUUUUAUGUAGCCUAAUAUGUAUGGCCGUCUCAGUGGCAUGUAGUGCAUUUCCAGUUCGAAUCCCGCUCGGCAUUACGGUUAUGAUUGAUGUUUUCUCACAGGGCAUCAACUCACUAAGUUAUUGUUGCUACGAAUAUAAUGUUAAGUUAUGGUUCCCGCUGGUCGGGCAGUACACACUAAGUUAAGAUACAACCUUAAGACAAAUCAAUAUUAUAGAUAAAAUGUG